CUCCCCACCCACAUACACACACAUACCCAUAUCCCUACACCCACACACCCAUACACACACCAUGUACAAACUGCAUAAGCGUGUCGAGGCUGCGCAUGACGACGCAGUGUGGAGUGCGUGCUGGACGGCCAAGGGCAAGAUCGUGACCGGCUCUGUGGACAACACGGUCAAGGUGUGGGAUGCGGAGAACAUGGUGGCGGAGCAUGAGCUGACGGGCCAUGACUUGGGCGUCAUUGAUGUGGCAGUCAAUGGAGCUGGCGACUUGGCGGCAUCGACCUCGUUUGACUCGACCAUCAAGAUUUGGAACUUGGAGAACGGAACGUGCACGUCGACCAUUGCAACAAGCGCCGCAGAGUCUUGGGCCAUCGCUUUCUCUCCCUCGGCUCGCCAUCUGGCUACCACGACCCAUGCUGGCAACGUGGCCCUGUACUCAGUCGACUCGGGAAGCCUCGAGACGACCUUUGAGUCAUCGGCCAAGAAGUUUGGCCUCUCCGUCGCCUACACCGAGGACGGCGAGACGCUGGCCAUGUCGGCCAUGGACGGCUCCAUCACUGUCUUUGACGUCGCCACCGGCGCCAUCAAGGCCUCGUUCACCGCCCAUGCCAAGCCGGUCCGCUCCCUCUCCUUCUCGCCCUCGGGCUUCCUCAUGGCCGCCUCGGACGACAUGCACGUCUCGGCCCUCUCGGUCGACAACAACGAGGUCAUCUACUCCAUCGUUGCCCACUCGUCGUGGGUCCUCGACGUCACCGCCACCGCAGAUGGUGCACACUUUGCCACCUCCUCCUCCGACAAGGAGGUCAAGAUCUGGGACGUCAUGGGCAACCCCGCGCCUGUCCACGUCUUCCACGGCCACACCGACCAGGUCUGGUCCGUCGCCUACGACGUCACCGGCUCCAAGCUCGUCUCUGCCGGCGACGACGCCGCCAUCCAGGUCUACGACUGCCCCACGUAAAUUUACCGCGCAGGC